AUUGUUACUUUUUACGCGUUCACAAACGAAGAAAUACCGCGUUCCAUUUCAAUAUUGUUUUCUUAUCUACUAUUGAUAAAAUGACGAGCGAUAACAAUUGCCGAAUCGCAUCGCUCACCGCGUUAAAUAGAAGACCGCAUACCAGUAUUAAAAGUAUAGUUUGACGGUGAGCACAUUCCAUGGUUGGCACAUAUGUGUAGUAAAUGCACAUCAAAAAGGGAAUAAAAAUUCGAACAACCUACAUUUAUCGAGAAUAUUUGUUUAGUAAACACACGGAUUUGUUUGGAUUGACGGAGUCGCAUGUGCAAUUGAUUCGUUCCAUCUGUAAGAGAUUAUAAUGUCGAGGCAGCAAUUUUCAAUGAGACAGCGACCAAACAAUUGACCGAUGCAUACAAACAAGCAGCGUAUUUUUUCUUAUUGACAUUUUUACUUUGCGCAAUAACGAAAACAAAAAAAGUGGCUGAAUAUUUAUUUUUCUAUGUGUAACGGCAUUUGUAUUUGUAAAUUAGAUAAGAAGACUUGUUCACAUCGUACAAUCAUCGCUCGUGUGUUCAGACUUCAGAUGAUUUUUGAACAUACGCUUCGCAUUUUCGGUUUUUGUUUGUCGAUUUUUGUUCUGUUUCGCAUUACCGUACAGCAACCAGCACGCGUCAAAUGACAAACUUGGUAUUUUGCGUUUUGGAAAUUAUUAAUAAGAGAUAAUUUGUGUGCUACAUUUAGUGCGUUAACAAAAUCAUCGUUUUUUUUUUGUAUAUUUCGAAUGGUUAAAAACUAUUGAUAUGUACCCGAAAAAGUGGGUCAGGUGUACACAGUUCAAAUAAUGACCGAAAAUAGUGUAAUUUACGUAAGAAUUUGAAUGGAACAAGUAUUUCGUCAUCAAUAUGGUUUCAAAACAAAUGAGAAUCUUGACGUGGAUUUUUAUAUUUACCACCAAUUUUCUAAUCGUGUAUUGCGAUGAAAUUUUAAUAAAAGAUUAUAAGGAAUUAAAAUGUACGUAUGAUCCUGAAACCGGCGAUCAAGUAUGCGACUGUAAAAAUCGCAAAAGGAAUUUUAUUCUGCCAUUGCUUGAGGGAACCCUGAAAAAUGUGAUUGUCAAAAAUUGCAAGGAAGUUAAGGUGCUUCAGGAGACGUUUCAAAAUGUAGACUACAUUGAACACAUACAAUUUGACAAGAUCAAAGAGUUAAGCUUAGAAAAUUAUUCAUUGCAAUUCAAACAACGAUUGCCAAUUCCCAAAAUAAAGUUGAUAUUCAACGAUGUACGCUUCUCAGAAAUUCUACCCCACUCAAUAAGCGGCUGUAUUGAUAGUAUUUCAUUCAAUAAUAGUCAUAUUGAAAAGUUAAGUGCCUAUGCGAUAAAUAGCGUGUGUCAAACCGUGUACAAACUUUCAAUUGAAAACACGAAAAUCGAUUGGGUUGACAGUCAAGCGCUUAAAAAAUUGAGUAUCGAACAUUUUAUUAUGCAAAACACCACAUUUUCGCACGAUCUACCGUCUAGAACAUUUAGCGCUUUAAUAAUUAAGAAUGUAAUGUCAAUUACAAACUGUACAUUUGCUGGGAUUAGUACGCGUACGAUAGAAUUGGAUGAUGGAAACGAUUUUAUUUUUUCCAAUAAUAAAGUUGAUCGUCUUGAUGGCGAAGCAUUUCGAAUGAAUGCCAAUGGGCGGAUUAUAUUUGAACGAAAUAAUUUUUCACAAAUUAGCCACUCAGCACUUUCGGCCAUAAAUUUGGGUGAGAAUGCAAAACAUCACCAAAAUGAAAUUCAAUUUUUAGCAAAUGAAAUAAAGGCCACUGAUUUUCCAAUUCGACUUGACGUUGCGCGUGACUUCAAUCUGCGAAUUUUGGAUUUGAAAUUCUCAACGCCAAUAAAUUGCGAUAAGGCGAAGGAAUUUAGGCGAAAUGCUUUCUUACAAAAGUACACAGAAACGGUGUAUUUUCGCAUUGCAGAAUCAACAGAUGAUGACUACAGUUCAUUGUCAGCUAUAAUGUCAAACAGAUGCACCAUUAGAACGUACUUCAUUGCACUUAUAUGGACGGGCAUAGUUUUCAUUGUUAUUUUAUCGAUUAUUGCCACCGCAUUUUUCUAUCGAUUUUGGAUGAAACGUCGACCAAAUCGACAAAUAAGUAUGGUCAUUCCAGAUGGUAAGACAUAUUGUGAGACCCAAAUUAUGAUACAGAUUGAAAACGCCGGCCUACUCAAAACCAAUUUAUGAAACUUCGUUUGGAUAUUAUUUAUUUUUCUUUCAAAUUUAGCCAAUUUAAGAUAAUCUAUUUUUAUGUUAGCAUAUGUUUUUUCAAACGAUACUUUAAAUAAGAAAUAAGAAUUCUAAAAUAAAUUUUCGAUUUAAAAGUAAGAA